AUGAUGUUGCGGCUGGUAAUGAAUGAAAUAACUUUGAAUGAAGCGCCGGUCAUCGAUCGGUUGAUCGAAGAGAUUAUCGGCCUCCCUUUCGAUCGGGCGUGUCAGCGUCGACGGUGCGUGCUCAUCUGCCCGGGACCUCCUUUGGAACUGGUUCAACUGAGCGCGCAUCAGUUCGUGUCAAGUGUUAGCAGCUGCUGUCAGAAGAUCCUUGGCACUUGCGACUCGUUCGCGAAGACAAGCGUCGGGGUGUUCCGAAACCUCUUGCAACAUCCUCGCCUUCUUUUUAUUUAUUUAUUUUUUGGCUUUUACUUGCAUGAUCUCCAUAUUCCGACUCUCCGAGGUUCUUCUCAAUAGUGCUUCCGAGCUCAGCGAGGAAGCCGGGAAAUCUUGUUGCCUCCGGAGCCCUAUGCAAAAAGCGAUGGGUCUUUCUUUUCUGCAAUGAACACGACGAAAAUGCUUCCAUGCAUGUUUAAUCCUGGUGCCCGUGCCCGCUGUCCGAGUCUCUGGUGUGGCCCGGACAGGUUCGCACGUUCCCCGGCCCCUCUUCACGGGAAUCGCAGGAGCGGCUCUGAAAGCCAGACCAUUAUUCCCCUGAUUAACCCAUUAUCCCGGUCGGUGGAGACGUGCUCACUGUCGCCCGUAACGCUGCCGCAGGAUACGGACACGCUUUACUGGUGCAAAAUUUUUCCGAUGCCGGAUAUGGGACCAAAGAAACACCACGUCACGAGGGGAUACGUGGUGAGCUCUGCGUUUUCGGUCAAGCGAGAAGCGGAGGCUUUAAAAGUCUUGCUCAAUGCCUACUCAAAACUGCACCUCAGCGUUGCCACGUAUUCCUUCGCAGCAUACAUUGAAUUGCACCCCGGCAAGUUGCUCUGCACGCUAUCACGGAUCUCACCGGCUUUUGUCGCUGGUCAGUCGAAGUCUGGGCGCUGGAAGGAGCGGGGGUCUUCUCGAGUGAAUGUAUCCCUGCCCGGGUUGACCUGGUCGGACUGUUUCAUGCCUUUUCUAAUGCAUCCCAUGGGAUGGUUUCUCUCUUCCCUCCGGGAUGGCCUGCAGUACGAGCCUGCGAUCGUGUCUGGACAUGAGGAGUACAUUCACCACAUCAUCGUGUACGAGUGCGGUGGGAGCGCGGCUGCGGAACACGGGACUGAGGCGCUGGAGACGCUCUUUGAGGAGGCUGCCAACAGCAGAGGUCAUGUUUGCAAUCAGCCAAACAUGCCUCCGGUCUUCUUUUACUGCAACAUCGCCCUGGCCGCCUGGGCUGUUGGAUCCGAGCGGAUGAGGCAUGAGCCUUGUGAAAGACUAGGGGAACGAGACAGGGACGAAAUGCGGGCGAAGGAGGACGUUUUUGAGUCGAAAUCUGCCCGGCAGCGGGAUAAUGACAGUGCGCGAGGUGCGCACUUGACGGAAACGCGGGUGUUCGCUUGCGUGAUGGAUGCGUGGGACCUUUUUCGCUGUCAAUCGAGUCGUUUCGGAGCGAGUUUCCGUGGGACUUACUGUGCGUGGAGCUCGGGAAAAAUCAUGGAGGGGCUUACGAUGGAAUCCGAGCACGGCGCUGUCCAGGGUCUUCUUGAUUCCAAGUUUUUGUGUUGUCGAAGUGGAGAUUUUCAACCUGGGCUUUCGAGGAGUCUUGAGGAUUCCUCGUCGAAUUCCGGGGGAUCCGCGUCUCUGCUCGAGCUAAAUGGAAGAACAAAAAUUGCAUUGAAAUUCAAGCACUGA